ACAUUUGGCAUAUUUGGCUUUGAAAAUCAUUCAGUAACUAUUAUUUCACCUUAUUCGAAAAUUCUAAAUUAUCGAAAAUGUACAAAGAAAUUUUCUCAUUCGUAAAUAUAUUAUUUCUUUCAAUGGCUCUAAAAGUUAGCUCCGCUCAAACUGAGAAAUUAUCAAUUUUAGCAACAUCCAAGUUUGAAACGAAACCAGAUGAUGAAACAAAUGUAGAAAACGCAUUUUACGAUAUCGAACUAGAAAAUAAUUGCAAUUACAUAGAAGCUGGUCAGAAAUUCAAUGAUGAAAUAAACAGCGUUGAAAAAUGUGUGAAUCCUAAUUACAAAAGUAAAAUUGAAAAGGACAGAAAAGAGGUAAAUAUUAUAAAAACUGAAAAUACUGAAUAUGUCGACGAUGAUCGAACCUUGACAUCUUUGGAAAAUCCAGAAUCUAAAAGCGAAGAGGAAUAUAGACAAUUUUUGGAAGACUGUUCCUAUUGCAGCACUUAUCCAAAUUAUGAUGAAGUUUAUCCUCUAGAAAGUUAAAGUUGACACCUCAAGUUAAACAUAAAGCAAUACAAUUAUUUUUCACAUACAUUUUUAAAAAUUAUGUUUUAGGGAGGAUGAUAAAGAACGCUUUAAGAAUAUGAAAAUAUCGAUUUCCGAAUAUAUUCUUUAUUUCAAUUAUCAAACUUGUAAUAGGGUCAUUUCCGAAAUAAUAUAUAACUUUUUUAAUGAAUGUAUCAUAUAGUUGGUAAAAUUCGUAUUUCUCAUACAUCAAUAGGAUUUUUUCUGUAUUUUGUUUACUAAUAUACUGGAACUUGGAAAGAAGAACAGUUUCAGGUGUGGCCAGCACUAACCUUGAUCUUAAAUCCAGAGAAUCUAAGCGUAAACCCGCGGCUCUUCUUUCACCUAGAAACUGCGGGGUCAUCAGUUCUAGGAAUAUUGUAAAUCCGAGGUUUCUACUUCCAUCUUCCAGCGUAACAAAAAAGUCAAAGUUGUUUUUACCUCUCAUUUGUGAAGGCCAAAAUAUUUUUGUUAAAAAAAUGCUUACCAUAAAUGAAAAAGUGCGUGAAAAACCUACUGAAACUGUAUUAGACAAUCU